ACAAAAAUUUUUUUCGGGGGCCCAAACGCCCAGUUUUUUUUUUAAUGCUAUAAACCUUGCUUGAGUCAGACUCGAGCGUGGGUAGGAAGGGGUUUUAAUGAAGAAUUGAUUGGUGUGUGAUUUCUCAUUCUCGGAUCAUUGGUCCAAUUUUCUUUGACGAGACUGUGAACACCGACCAAUACUUGUCCAUAUUUGACAAAUUUGUGAAAUAACUGGAUGACUAUGAACUUCAAGAAGGUUACUUCCAACAGGACGGGGCAAUGUGCCAAACCUCUCAUGCCAGUAUGGAAGAGAUCCGAUCGUUUUUUGGAGACAGGGUGAUCUUGAAAGAUUGAGUGUGAGUUGUGGCGAUUGAGGUGUGGCCACCUCAAUCGCCUGAUAUAACUCCCCCAGAUUUUUUCUAUGGAGAUAUUUAAAGGGCAAGAUGUAUGCAAGCAAACCCAGGACCAUCGAACAACUGAAAGCAAACAUCGAGCAUGAAAUUGCUGCCAUCUACAGUGACAUGUUGCAGAGGACAUUUUCAAGUAUGGAGCAUCGCAUUUCCUUGUGCACAGAUGUUUUCAGCACCUUUUGUAAUGUGGACUUGUUUUCCAAUAAAUACAGCACUGACCAUCCAUUUUGAAAGCCAGUGUAUUCCUACUUCUCUAGCAUGGUUUGCUCAUUAUCUUCCAACUUGGUUGUUAAAAUUGGCUGUGGUUGGGACAUUUGUGAUUGAAAUUGCCAUCCCAUUCCUAUUUUUCAUUCCUAUACACUCUUUGCGUGUAUUCAGUUUUCAUGCUCAAAUGUUGUUUCAAGUUUCUAUAAUAUUAACUGGCAAUUAUAAUUUUUUCAAUUUACUAACUAUGGCGUUAUGUCUGUCAUUAGUGGANAAUUUUUUUAUUAUUUUAUUAUUUACAACUUAG